UUACCGUCUUUCCCCUAUUUUAAGACGUAGUCAUUAUAUAAGCCAUAGCAGGAUUUCUAAGCAAUUGCGCGAUACAAGCCAUACCCCGAAAAUAAGACAUACUGAUAGACCCUUCACCCAGUAGCAAUAACCCCCCCUCUCGCCAGCCAAGCCCCCUUAAAAUAUCUCCCCAUUUUGCUGUCGCUCCACAGACACGUAUUUCCUUUAAAAGCUUGUAAAAAUGCACUGAAGAGCCGUAGCUGCUGGCUGCUGAAGCAUCGUGAUUUUCCCUCCCCGUUUCUGAGAGCAUUUUUUUAAAUAAAAGGAUUCGAAAAAAUUUUUUUUAGCCAAGCUGUGUAAGCUGUACUUGGUGAAGAGGAGAAAAGUGGGGUGGGGAGGAGAUGAAGGCACGAGGAAGAAAAGAGGGGCGAUUGAAGCCGUUGCCUCAUGAAUGCAGAGGCUGUUUUCCCUUUAAGGAAGAGAUCUACGUGUCUCUCUGUCUCUCCACCCCCCCCCCGCGUCUGUCUCUCUCUCUCUCUCUCACACACACAAACACACACACACACAGCCCACCUCUCGCUUCCCCCCACCUUUCCUUUCCAUUCUAUGCGCCCACCCAUGAGUUGCCUGUUGAUUUCCUCUUGACGGGAGAGGGGCUUUUGAAGCCGCUGCCUCGCGAAUGCAAAGGCUGUUUUCCCUUUAAGGGAGAUCUCCCUGUGCGUGACUCUCUCUCUCUCUCUCUCUCUCUCUCUCUCUCUCUCUCUCUCUCUCUGUGUGUGUGUGUGUGUGAGAGAGAGAGAGAGAGAGAGAGAACCCACCUCUCGCUUCCCUCCACCUUUCCCUUCCAUUCUAUGCGCCGGCAGUCUCCUGUGUCUGAUUGUUGUCUCCUUGCUUUUACCGAGGCAUAAAGCAGCCUUCCUUUCUACCUUAUGCUUGCUUGUCUGUGGAGCUGCUCCUUUAAGGAUUUAAAAACCAGACAAAACAGCAGGAGAGGUUGCAAAACAUCGCCCUCUCGUGGCGACUACACUGCCUUUUGGAGAACAAUGGAGAAGAAAGUUGUUCGCAUCUCCCCUGUUUCUGAUCCAGACACAACUUAUUUUCUUCAGAUAGUGUGGCAAAAAGAUUUGGGCGCCGGUUUUGAGGUAGUACUCAGUGAUGGCCGAUCAGCUUGGACUGGGAAAGUGCCUGAGGAAGAUAUUUCCAAGGAAGCUGAUGACAUGGAAAUGGAGCGAGAGAAAUACAUUGGAGAGCUUAAAAAAGUGUUGUUAUUUGAAGGAGCACUGGCAGACAAAUACAAUUUUGAUAUUUCUAAAGGAGGAGUGGAUGGAGAGUGCCUCAAUUUUUCUUAUGAAAAGAAUCUGAAAGAUGUUUCUUUUAGACUCGGAUCGCUGAUGUUACAGAAAGUCUCAGGUCCAGCUGAAGUCAUUAGUGAGCUGAUUAGCUAUUGCCUAGACUGCAUAAAAGGACUACAUUCAAAAAAUGAGCAUCUGCAAAAAGAGAAUGAAAGACUUCAAAGUGAUCUGGAUGAUGUGCAAGAGCAGUUACAAAAAUGUGUUGAAGCUAAAGAAGAACUAGAGAUGGAACUUUAUAAAAGAUUUGUCUUGGUCCUCAAUGAAAAGAAAGCUAAGAUAAGAAGCUUACAGAAAAGUUUGAAAGAAGCUGAAGAAGCUGUCUUGGAAACAACACAAGCAAGGGACACCAUGUCUACAUCUGAAAGUAAAGUUGAAACAGAAGAUUAUGAUGGAAGCACCGAUGAUGAAAGUGAAAAUCCAACACAGCCAUCCACAUCAGCAGCAGUAGCUAAACCCAGAAGAGACUCAUUACUUGGUAGCCCAGAUAUUAUUGAUGUUGCACCAAGCAGAAAGAGAAGGCAGCGGGCCCGAAAUGUUCCAAGGGCAGAACCAAAAGUGGCGCUAUACGAGUCCCAAACGGCAGCAAAGAAAAGGUAAAAAUGGUUUAGUAUUUAUAUCAAUUGCCAAAGGUACCGUUUGUAGCAUAUUGAAUUUAGAUUUAGACGGUGCUACAAAUCUAUGCAUGUUUGCACCAAAGUAAAUUCCAGAGUAUUCAAUGGGGCAAACACGCAACUUUAAGGAUAACAUAUACUGUUAAGGAUAAUUUACACCUGUGGUUCCCAACAUGGGGCACAUGCCCCACGGGGGCGGGGGAUUUGAUUUUUAAGGGGGGCAAUUCAAGAAUGAGUUUUUAACAGUUAAUGCCCUUUUAGGCAUCCUCCACAUGAAUACUGUAUAUUCCUGCAUAUAAGACUACUUUUUAACCCAGGAAAAUCUUCUCAAAAGUUUGGGGUUGUCUUAUACGCGGGGUCGUAUUUCUUAUAUGGCGAUAAUAUCCCAAACUCUGGAACUGUUGAGGGUCGUCUUAUACGCCCAGUCGUCUUAUACGCCGGAAUAUACUGGUAGUUCACUUUUUGAAUAAUAAGAAUUAUAUUCUUAUUAUUAUAUUCUUAUUUAGAGAUACUUAGGUGAGGAAGGCCAAAAAAAGACUGGAAACCACUGAUUUAGACUGAAAUCCAAUUACUAGGACAAGCCAUAAAAACAGUAUUAAUUUUUUGUGUUAAAGUAGUAAUAUCUAUGUAAAAAUAGAUAUCUGCAUAAAAUAGAUCAGGCCAGCACCCUGGUCUCAAAGUGGCCAACAUGCAAGAUGCCCACAAGCAAGACUCUUUCUACCUGUGGUUUCCAGCAACUGGUAUUCAUAGGUGCCUCCUCUGACAGAGGAGGUAGAACCUAGCCAGCAUGACUAGUAGCCAGAUAAUGGAUCUCAGGUGUUUUGAGGUAAUUUAAUAUUUUUCAUGGGGAUUUUUUUUUAAUCAUGCUUCCUUUCCCCCCAAUUUAUAUUUGUAGUUCCUGUAUCUUGUGGUAUUCUUUCCCUUGUGGCUUUCUUUCCCAUGUAAUUUACUUUCCUGUCAUACUGUACUGUACUGUACAUAGGCCUGGCUCUAGUAAUUGUCCUUUUUAAUGGCACAAAGAAAUCAAUGAGGAAACAGUAGUGUCCUCCAAAAUAAGAGAAAAUAAACAAAAAGUUGUAAUAUUAUUUACUUAAUAGCACGUACUUGGUUCAAAGUUCUUAAUAACCUGCAGUUCAAACAAAGCAGCGCAUACCGCAUGAAGAGAUUUCACUAUGCUUAUACCGGUAGUAGAAGCAGUUAAGUAAGUUGCUUGGCUGAAAUCCCCUUUGCAGUCAGGCUACUUAAGCCCAUUGAAGUUACUGGGAUUCAAGCAGCCUAAUGGGGCAUAAGAUUAUUGCCUUAGGGUGCUGUCUUGGAAGAUGGUUAUGUUAAUAUCCCUGCUGUCUUAUGAAAGCAUUUCCAAAUGAUCUCUGGGGAACAGAAGCAGUGUGUAUAUCAGAGAUUCUUGAGAGGGCUGACACUAGUAUUGAAAACCAAUCCUUCAGAAUCUGUAGCAAAUCAAUUCUGAAAAUGAUAUUCUACUAUAAUUUGCAGAAUUCUGCAAAUAAUAAAUUGUCUAUGAAAAAGCCGGAACAGAUCAACAGGAGACAGUUUCCUAAGAUUAGUUGGGAUUUAAUUUUACUAUUUGUAUUAGAGGUGCCACUUCCCAAUAAAGAUUGCUAUGGAUUGUUGCAAAAAGCUUUGUUUGAGUAAGCAGCUACUUUCCAUGUACAUCUGUUUUGUUUCACUAUUUACUCCACAUUUAAGUUAGUGUCAUUGGUGACUGUCUUAUGACAGAAUUUAUAAUAGUAUAGCAGUAGCUUGGAAUUUCAUUGCAUCAUCAUGCACAUAUGGCCCAGAAAUAGUUCAGACAUAUCAAGUGAUAUCAAAUUAUUUCUUUCAGUAUAAAAGGAAGGCCAUAAUACUGGAGGCAGACUACCUAGCAAUAGGCUAAAAUAGUCUUGAAGGAGCGUGAAAGCAGUGAAGCUUUUUGUGAUCAUAGCCCUAGCUAUACCUCUUUAUUAAUAAAAUAGGAGCCUUAGAAUGGAGUGGGAUUGAAUUUUGAAUGCUCAGUCAAAGAAUUUGACUUAUUUUCAGUGCUAGUAAAUACACAUGAUUAAUUUAUCCUAUCUACAGCAAAGAGCUUUCGGCCUGUUUACAGGGUCAUGACUCAUAACCGCAUCUGGAUCUGAGAGGCAGUGGGGUCCAAUGAAUCGUUUGCUAGACUUGGACCUGGGAAAUCUCGGUUCAAAUCCCCUAGCUCAGGUCCAGACUCAUUGGGUGGCCCUGGGUAAGCUGCUUUCUGCAUCAAUUCGCCCAUCUGCAAAACUGAACAUUAAGAGUUGACAUUGCUCUGUAGUUGGGAGGAUGAAUAAAUUUGUUAAAGAAGUCUUAAAAUGAAAACAGUUUUAGAAUAUUAUACAAAUAUAAUGCCCAAGUAGGCAUUGAUCUUAUCACAUGAAAACAACCUAACUCUGCAUGUGAGAAUUUGGAAGAUUCCCCCACCAACAGGGAAAGAAAGCUCAAUCAAAUAUGCAGUGAAGAAGUAACUCAGGCACCCCCAAACUUCGGCCCUCCAGAUGUUUUGGACUACAAUUCCCAUCUUCCCCGACCAUUGUUCCUGUUAGCUAGGGAUCAUGGGAAUUGUAGGCCAAAACAUCUGGAGGGCCGCAGUUUGGGGAUGCCUGAAGUAACUGCUGACUGAUCCAUUCUUUAUGUUCUUGUCUUUUGUCUUGCCUUACCAUUUCCCCUUGAUUUUUAGGGGAAACUGGCCUCUAAGAAGUGAAAACAAAUAAGGGCAGAGGGGAGAAUCAGUUAGCAGGUCUUCUUUCCCUUUCUUGCCUUUUUGACCAGUCGUCUUUGCUUGUGUCAAGGGGAGCCUAUAGAAUUCUCAGCAGGCACAGCCAGUGCGGUGGUCUCACCUAGUGAGUGUUAUAUUUAGGGAGAUGCAAACAGCACAGUAUCUGCUUUGCAUGUGGAAGAUCCCAGUUUCAGUCCCCAGCAUCUCCAAGUAUUGCCAGGAGAGAUCUCUGUCUAGGCUCAGACGGUAGAGCAUGAGACUCUUAAUUUCAGAUCAUGGGUUCAAGCCCGAUGUGGAGCAAAAGAUUCCUUCCUUGCCAGGGGUUGAACUAGAUGACCCUUAUGGCCUCUUCCAACUCUAAUGAAACCUUGGGAGUCACUGCCAGUAAGUCUCUACAAUACUCAGCUAGAUGGUAUCAAGAACCUUCUUUCUCUCUCACCCCCACCACAUCACCUUCUGCUAAUUAUGCUUGGAACGGGAGGAGCUGAUUCAGAAACUCUCCAUGGUUAGAGGAAACCUGAUGGAUAAAAAAUAGGGUUUUCCCUCCUUGUGGAUGUGACAUUGACCUUCUCUACCAAGAAGUUCUCAAGGGAAAUUUAAGUGCAGUGCUGUGUGUACCUCCUCCUUUCAGCAGUCUAUAUUAUCUCCUUGGGAAAUGUCUCACUAAAGUUGCCUAGGAUUUUCUUCAAAACCUUGUGUGGAUGUAAACAGCUUUUCUUUUGAUAACCCCCUGCCUCCUUAAAAGCAUGGCAAGUCUGCAGUACAUCAUGAAUUCCCUUGGGAUUAUUUCUCUUCUUUUGCCUAAUUUAUUGCCUGUGGCUCACAUUUUUAAACACUGAAUUCAACCUUUGUUUAAAAUGUGGUUUGCUACCGUCAAUGAUUCAAGUAGCAACAGCUUUGGCUUAUCUUGAAUUUCAGCUUUCUCAGAGGGCCAUGCAGACGUUGGUAUUACUGUCUCACAUGAAGCAAUAUUUUACUGGAAAGGUUUAACUCUGUGAAAUUGGAUGCCACUUAAAAAGGCAUCAACCUUUUUCGUGGCCCAGCGAGGGUAUGAAGUUUACACUACGGUCACUCUUUUUUCCCCUUAAAAAAACCCCCUAUUUUCUUUCAGACUUGUAUGUUAGCAUGUCAUUGCACUUUAGAAAGGUUUAGUUAUUGUAAUUUAAAGGGUAUUUUAGAACCUGCAUAGUGUGCUUCUGUUGCAACUUAACACAGGUAACCAUUGUUGGAGGAAACCUUUGCCUAAAUGCAUAAAACAGUACUGCAAACAAGGGUUUGUUGUAUUUAUUUAUUUACUUUAUUAAGAGAUUUCUAUGCUGUCCUUCACCAAAGAAAGGUCACAAGGAGUUUUACAAAAAUAAAGCAAGACACCAUAUUCAUAAAUAACGUAAUUGGCAAAUAAUAACCCAUCAGCCUCUAAAAACCUGGUGGCGGGGGGCAGAGUUGGGUUUUUACUAGGCAUCUAAAGAAAUAUAAGUUGUGGGUGAGACACACUUCAGUGGGGAUGUCAUUCUGCUUUAGGUCUCAAGUGUCAUACAAAUUUCUUGCAGGUGAAUGAAAUAGGUUUACUGAAAUCAGCUCAAAUACUUAUCCAGCCACGCCUGUGUCAUGUAUGGUAACUGGGUAUAACUCAGUCCCACAAAAUGAAAAAAUGCAAGCUAAGCCAGUAAAUGUUACAUCUGGGGUGGUAAUUUGUACAUUAUAGACAUUUCCCUGGUUUAUGCAUGGUGCUAUUGAUUGGAAAAUACAGCUUUGAAUUUGCAAGCAUUCGCACUGCAAAAUUAACCAGUUUCAAGAGGACUCUUUUGUUCCCAAAUUCGCUCUGUGAAGAUUCCACCAUAAAAUAUGGAGGAAGGGUUUUCCGUUUCUUUUCAGCAGUUUCCUAACCUUCACAGCAGCUAACCUGAUCCUUGACACACAAUAUAGUACCCAUUUAUUUUGUAUGUAAAUAAAAGAAGUUUUGAAUGAUGACUACCAUGGACAGUGAAAGGAUCAGUUCACAAAUGCAGUUUCUUGCAGGGAAUAGACAAAAUCUCUCCUUGGCCAUUGGUUUACAAUUACAAGGGUGAACUGUUAGUGAGAAUAUAUUUGGUAUCUGGAUAUAGGCAAAGUAGUUCACAGAACUCUACAUACAGCCCAUUUCACACUAACCUUCUGAUGUACAAUUACAGAGAGAAAAGUUGUUGCUGUUUGUGUGUAGGUAGAACUGUCCGUAUGUCCUGCAAACAUUGGCUAUCUCUCCCCUACCAUUAUCCAUUUCUGCAGCUUGUAAUAAUGGAAGUAAGUAAUAGAUGCAACAAGGAAGAAUAUGCAUUGUUCUCCUCGAUCCCAUGACAGAAGUAAUCCUAAGUAAAGCCCCCUAGCACAAUUGCAUUCAGUAUAUACCCAUUUUCUGCUUCUGAAGCAUUCAGGGCUCCUUUUUUAAUGGAACUGCUUACAUGAAUAAGAAUGGUGAAAUGUGGGGGAAACUGAAUACAUUUUUCUUAGCUGACUGCCUCUCUAAAUCAGUUCUAAUUUAUAUGAGGAAAAUAUGUGCUUUAUUGUAUUUCUGAAUCUAUGUUUUGGUGAGUCUGACUUGCUUCCUUUGUCCUUACAAAUAAAAUGUAAGUAUUGCAGUAACUGUUUUCAUUAUGGUGAGUUCCUCUGGUGUACAUCACAGCACAUUAGUUCAACCCUGCAGGGGCAUUUCUGCCUAGCAAACCAAAGCACUCAUUUUCUAAUGAGGCAUUGGUCAUGGGGUCACAGGCAGAGCUACCAGGCACAGCGCACUGAAGGAUACACAGGAACUGCUUCUGUAUAUAUCCUUCACAGAAUUAGUUCUAGUCAUAGGAGUGUCAACGCUGGGCAAUAAACUGGCUGGAGCAGGCAGAGUACUCAAGUUCCGGGGGAAACGACAUUUCAAUGCCAACAUGGCAGCAUAGAAGAACAUCCCACUGGUUUUUCUUCCUGAUACUGAAAGGAGGAUGGCAUUCCCGACUGAUGACGUCUGCCCAGUUCUGUAGGUAAUGACCUCAAUGAAUGCCUGUGUGUCAAAGAGUUGUCUUCUGCUUUGGAGACACUUCUGUACCCGCAUAUUCUAAAUGCUGAAUAUUUGAAAAGGUUCUCUACCUUUGUGUGGCAGUGACCUAAAGGGCCACAAUAAAUGUGAUAAUGUGUACCCCUGUAAAUCUUUGAGUGUGCUUCUAAUAGAGAAGUUAUGGUAGCCCAUGUGUUGUAUUAUCCCUACAGGUGUGCAUUAGCUUCACCCAGGGAUGCAAAUGGUCUUUGUAGUCGGCUCUGCAGGUCACAUUUGUUUGCCAUCACUGGGAACACACAACUUUUGUGUAUUGGGGGGCUUCAGGGGAGAUUAUGCAAUGGAAAUCGUGCAGAUGUCGGGUCCCUACUUUGCAGCUGGACUGCAUGUAUCCAGGCCCCUGCUGAUUAAAAAGGAGAAGGAAGAAGCAAGACGGCAGAUAGCCAAUUCCAGGUUCCCCAACCUGCCGGAUAUUCCCUCUGCCAAAGGAGAAGAGAAAAGUGGACCCCUCAGUGUGGGAAAGACUCUUGAGGCCAAAGUGGAGGUAAGAAUAAAGCAUAAGGUACAAAUCCCUAAAGCAUUCUGAUGACACCCAAGGAAGAUUGUGUAAUCCAGCUGUGGGAUGCUUUUUAUCCCGCCCCCCAAGUGUAUAAAUACCAACCACCCAAGCACCUUCUGCAUUCUUUCCGCCCCAAAUUCCUCUAUGAAGCAGAACAGCUCCAAUGCCAAGGUUUUAAGGUGGCAAAGCUCUUCACCGAAGCUAUCAAAUACUCUGGAAAACUGGACUCUAAAAGCCUCUUCCACUACAGACAGUUCAAUGCCAACACAGCAGCGCAGAAGAACAUCCCACUGGUUUUUCUUCCUGAUACUGAAAGGAGGAAUGGCAUUCCUGGCUGAUGAUGUCUGCCCGGUUCUGCAGGUAAUGACCUCAAUGACUGCCUGUGUGUCAAAGAUUUGUCUUCUGCUUUGGAGACACUUCUGUACCCGCAUAUUCUAAAUGCUGAAUAUUUGAAAAGGUUGUACCCUUGUGUGGCAGUAGCCCAAAGGGCGCCACAAUUAAUGUGAUAAUGUGUACCCCUGUAAAUCCUUGAGUGUGCUUCUAAUAGAGAAGUUAUGGUAGCCUGUUCCUUUAUGAAACUGAUGAUUUUGCAAGCUGGUGCUCCCCCCCCCCAAAAAAAUUGGGGCACAAUACAGUACAGCUAAUAUGUGAAUCAUAAAUAACUCCUAACUUUCUGAGUUUUAUUGGCCAAAACUCAGGAGAAAAGCUAUUUUCUGGCUUACAACAGGAUAACACAAGGCACUAUUGGUGCUUUCAAUGAUAUACUUUGGUAGGUUAAUGCUUCAGAGGCAGGUUGACCAGGAGCCUACAUUGUCAUGUUCCUCUGUUCAGCCCUCGUGGUGAAGAUAGACAUCAUGGGAAAAUAUCAGACUAAGGCUGCAGUCUUAAGUAAGCUUCCUAGGGAGUAAGUUCCACUGAGCACAGUGGGUCUUACUUCUGAGUAAACAUGUUUACAUUGAACGCAUUGGAAGUAAAUUCAAAAUUAAAUAGAUAUACAACAGUGGAGGGUGGUCCAUUAUGGCAAAUGCGGUACUGCUCCACCUGCCUUCUUCUGCCUCUAGCCAACCCCACCUUCUUACUUAGAGCUAGUCUAGGGGGUGGUACUUCCUCCUUCUUGGUGUUGGACACUUGUGAAGCUCAGCAGAGACAAAACUGGAAUUAGUUGGCUCUGCCUGUAAUUGGCUCUGACAUUGGCUCUAUGGUUGGCUUCCCUGACCUCUGCCCUACCAGUCCCAAUGGGAACCAGCCAUCACUGACAUACAAAGAAAUAUACAUAAAGAAUUGCACUGUAAAGCUUCCAUAUAGUAGGAACGUAUUGUAAAUGGGGAGGGGGUGAUCUUCCAUUUAUGGUUUUAAUUCCUCCCUAUAGUGUGAGGCCACAGAGCUAGACCUGUAUUGUCAUUUCUCUCUCUCUGGCUUCACCUAACUCGAAGUGUUCUCUUGUCACUGUGUAAUUUGGGUUUUUCUGUUUAAUGUGCAGCAUAGCAUGCUUUCAAUUAUAGCAACCAGCUAGAGGACAUGAGCCUUGGGUAAACCUUUCAUGUCGUUUGUAUUAAAUAUGAUGUGAUGGCUCUCGGAUACUCAUUAUGUUUCACGUCAAUAGCAUCAGAUAAUUUUCAUACCGCAAACCUUUGAUCACACUGUGGAAGUACUAAAUGCAUUGGACAGAAUUUAUUUUUCUGGUAAAUUGCAUUGCCACCAGCAAUACAGCAGCUAACUAUUUUCAAUUAUGUAAAAUGGAACUCUGAUUUAGAAAAUGAUUUAUUGUAAAGGUUCUAUUGAGAAACUGGUACAAAGAAAAAUAAUAAAUUAGUUUGGUACUCAACAAAGCCGCAAAUUCCAAAAUAAUGUUUUUGGCAGAGGUGUUAAAAUAUGCCAGAGCUAAACAGAAAGAGAUCGACAACAUUGUUGCCUUCUUCUCCCCCAUCCCAAGUGACCAUGGCCGUACCCCGCCCUCCACCACAUCCCUAUCUUGUGAACAGCCUCUCAGAGGAAUUUGCAUAGCAGAGAGUGGAUGACUAGGUGGAAUCCCAGUCCCAGUUCAGACAGCCGCUCCAGGAGGAUACCAUGCUCCUUGGUAUCAAGCGACUGAAAGAUCAAGAACCAGGGUCACACUUCCCCCAUCUCUUUCACAACAAAGGGUGGCCAAGGUAGUUUCUGUGCCAAUGCCUGGUUAAGCAGCCUAAUGUAGUAAGGGAAAAAAAUCUGUUGAUUGCCAGAACACUCAAAGAACAUCAAGCAAACUGAUCUCUUUAGUUGAAACAAUAUUAAAAAAAUUCCUUCCAGUAGCACCUUAGAGACUAAGUUUGUCAUUGGUAUGAGCUUUUGUGUGCAUGCACACUCCUUCAGAUCUCUUUAGUGAAAUUCAUUAAAGCAAGGAAAAUGAAAAAAGUAGAUCUUUAAGUAGUAGUUGUAAUAAUAAUAAUAAUAAUAAUAAUAAUAAUAAUAAUAAUAAUAAUAAAUUAUUUAUAUCCUGCCUAUCUAGCUGUGUUUCCCUAGCCACUCUAGGGGGCUUCCAACAAAAUAUUAAAAAUACAAUAAAACAAAUGUAUUUUUCCCCAUCCAGGAGGAGUGUAGGUUAAGCUUCUUUGACCUCUGUGUUGUAUUCUCUGACAAACACGUUUGGGACUACAACACACAUCAGUGUGGCCAUUUUGGUUGCUCACAAUUUUCUAAGUCAAGGAUACCAUUCGGAAAGGCACAUGUAACACAUUGGCCAUACUUUAUUAGAAAGCCACUUGAGUGUAACAGAGAUAUUCUAUUGAUGUUUAAAAAUAAGGUUCAAAGUUUCUGUUUGUAUAAACUGGCACAGUUUCUAAUUUCAAAAUGUAUUAAAAGGCUGCUAAACCAUUCAUAAGUAAAUGAUUCUGUCAAUCUAAUGUAUAUAAAGUAAUCUCACAGGUGUAAGUAUCUCAUGGUUCUUUAAUGGGCCGUAAACAGUAUACGGCAGCAAAGACUGAAUGGUGCAGAAAUAUUCAGACUAGAGUUCUCUGAAAUACUGAAUUUGGAUCCGAUCAUUAAAAAAAAGGCUUCCUUUGGGCCAGUGUGUUUUAUUCUCUGGCAAACAGGUCAGGCCCAUAUGAAUGUGAGUAUAUUUCUCUCUGGAGAAAGUCUAAGUUUGUCGUUGGUAUGAGCUUUCGUGUGCAUGCACACUUCUUCAGAUACUCUGAAACAGAAGUCACCAGACCCUUAUAUAUAGUGAGAGGGUGGGGAGGGGUAUUACUCAGAAGGAUGGUGGGCAUGGGUGAUUGGCUGAUAGAUGUGGUAAACCUGUUGACAACUGUUAACGACUGCAGUUGGUCUUACAGGAAAAAGCAAGGGGUGAGAUGGCUAAAAAUAGCUUUAUCAUGUACUGUAUAAUGAGAUAAGACUCCAAUGUCUCUAUUCAGAUCCGGUCUUUCCAUGGUUUUAAGUUUGGUAAAGGUAAAGGGACCCCUGACCAUUAGGUCCAGUUGUGACCGACUCUGGGGUUGUGGCGCUUAUCUUGUGUUAUUGGCCGAGGGAGCCGAUGUACAGCUUCCAGGUCAUGUGGCCAGCAUGACAAAGCCGCUUCUGGCGAACCAGAGCAGCACACGGAAACGCUGUUUACCUUCCUGCUGUAGCGGUACCUAUUUAUCUACUUGCACUUUGACGUGCUUUCAAACUGCUAGGUGGGCAGGAGCUGCGACCGAGCAACGUGAGCUCACAGCAUCGUGGGGAUUAGAACUGCCGCCCUAGGCUCUGUGGUUUAACCCACAGCGCCAAUUCAGCAAUUUCUCUUUCUAGUCUGAAAUGUCAAAUUUCUGAAAUUCUAGUCUGAAAUGUCAAAUUUCUGAAAUUCUUUUGUAAUAAGACAGCUACUUUGAGAUCUUGUAUAGAAUGUCCUGGGAGAUUGAAGUGUUCUCCUAAUGGUUUCUCUGUCUUGUGGUUCCUGUCAGAUUUAUGUCCAUUUAUCCUUUGGCGUAGGGUUUGGCCUGUUUGUCCAAUAUAGAGAGUUGAAGGGCACUGUUGGCAUUUGAUGGCAUACACAAUGUUAGAAGAUGAACAAUUAAAUAGUCCUGAGAUGGUAUGUUUGAUGUUGUUGGGGCAAGUAAUGGUACCAACUGGAAGGAAUUAUUUUAUUUUGUUUCGACUACGGCAGAGCAACACGGCUACCUACCUGUAACUGGAGAACGUCUGUCAUUGUUAUUGCUCCUCACACAGGUAGGCUCACAAGGGUUACAAUAAGGCUGUUCACCUGCUUAAUUGACUAGAGGUAAUGGGCUGUGAAAUUACAGAGCUGUGAAUGAGUUAAUAUGAAAGAAACUGAGCUACAUCUGAGCCAGUUCCAGAGGUCCAAAAUGAAUGCUGUGUUAGCUGUGAAAUAUUUGCCAUCCCAGUGGAAAUGUAUUCCUUUUGUUUGGAGGUUCUAGCAGGGGAGCGCAGCUAUCGUAUACCCUUGACCGAAGAACGGUACACUCCUUCUAUCUGGGAAGGUCGUCCUCUUCCACCGAGCGCGCAGCUUCGGGAGGGACGCACAUGGAGCGGUGAGGGAGGAAGGGGACACCCGCCUAGCCAGCCAGAUCAGCCGAAUCAACCCUGGCGAUCAAUGGGGUGACAGAUGUCG